AUGGAGAGUUAUCACACGAGCGAGAGUAAAGGCGGUCGUGAUGGAUCCAUCUAUAAAGAUCGAAACUCUUUAUCUCAUCAUGGACGUACUACUACUAAUACGACGACGACGACAAACACGUAUCAAGCGUCAAGUUUCUCUGGUCGUGGAAUACCUCGUCGUGUCUCGUCCAAUGCGACGGCUUUAAGAGAUCGUAGCGAUCGAGAACGCAAUGAAAGAGACCGGGAUCGAGAUGGACGUAGUCGUCCACGUUCUCACUCACGAGAUGGGGCCAGGGAACGACGUAAUAGUGGUGGAACUCGCAGUUCUUUUGGUGUCUCGGGUAGUCCAGCACUGAGACUCCGGGAACGAAAGAAUUUACUGCUUAUGCAUCGAACAGGAGCACGAAGAAAUGAUUUAACACCUGCUGAUGCAGCUACACGUGUUAUUGGUAUGGAUACCAAGUAUAUGAAGGAUCCAGCCCAUCCGUAUUUGACAGACAAGUUGGUCAUGUAUCCAGGUGUUUUUCCAACGGAUGCCAAUUUUCCAGAGGAGAAAUUUCGGUUUCAUGCUUUGCGGAAUGCAGCAUUUGUAAGUCCAUUGCCACGUGGAUUUAAUCAGCAAUGGCAUUUGCAAUAUUCAGCAUUUACGGAUAAGAAACUGCCUAUUUUUGACGAUCUUAUACGGACGACGCGUGCUAUUGCUCGAUUACGGAAAGAUACAGAAGAUAUGAAAGGUGCAGCAGUGAAGAUUCCGACACCGACACCUGUGCUUACAGAUGAUGGAGUGGCAGCAACUACUGCGUCGGUAGAACGUGCAUUUAUAAACUAUUUGAUUCGUCAUGUGCGGCGGCUAGAUGAACGCACCAGUCAUAUAUGGAUGAGCGAUUUGGCGAGCGGUGCUCGUAGUACCGCAGAACUUACACAAGCACAUGGUGUGCCUUUUAAGCACUGGAGGGCAGUACCAGGCGUCUCGAAGUGCCCACUUCUCGAAUUUGUGGUGAAGUAUCGACCUGGAUACGCUAAUGCCACGUGGUUUGUGCGGAUAAAUGUCGUUUACACGGAAAUGCGGGAGCUUCAGCGAGAUGGUGCUCUUCGAAAAGGCGACUGGUUCUUUAGCCCGCGACGCAAUCAGCGACGCAAUCAAGGAUGGACUGACAAACUUAUUGACUAUUUGCACUCAGUGGUCCGUCAGACAUCAUUGGAAACUAGUGCAGGGACGGAAAUUAGGUCGACGGAAUUAGCAGACUCUAAAGCAACGGCAAAUGGCACUCAGAUAUCCUCGAGGACGAGCAGUAAAGCGCCACUACCUUCGACAGCGACCAGUAGAGGGCUUGCACAGCGCACACAUAUGGCUCUGAGGCUGCGGCAUGGAGAUAUUUCAUCUUCAGCAAAUGCUACUACGGGUACCGGUGUCCCGACAGCAUCUAGUAGUGAUGGAGUAGAUUUUUCUCCGAAAGCACUAUCGUGGCAGGAAAAAUGGUCGUACGUACUAAAGCUGUCGGAAUACCAGUUCAAGGUAGGGCUUUUGGAUCGUACGCACUAUUUUGACGGGCUGCUGUCGCUACUGCAAAAAUCUUUGACGCCACGAUCACAACGCGGAGGGAAUAGCCCUGCGCAGUGUUCGACCGUCCUGGCGCUCGGAGUAAAUCGUAUUAUGGAGCUGCUUUCGGUGGUGCAAAAACUGCUGCCAGAGAUUCUGCUGUCUGCGGAUGCAGUCUUAUUGCUUGUAAAAAUGUUGCUACAGCAGUUGCGUUACCUGUUGCCUCCAAGUCACCCAGUACCUCCGGAGACUACAGGAAGCUCACUUCAGGAGGAGCUUCUUGUGGCAUUGUGUAACUUGCUGCGUAAUGUAUUGCUUAACGGCAAUGAUGUCCUUGUUCGUCUGGAAGACAACGCACCGCCGUUAUGGCCAGCCUACGUAUUCACCGACAGAUUCUUUAAUCGUGACGCUUAUACUGCUGCAGCAAUUCAGGCAUGUAUUAGCCGUUGUCUGCGGAAAAACAGAGAUAUUGCAGGGCGUAUCCUUCGACUGAAACAGGCAUGCCCCUCCUUAAGUUCGGUGGGUGGAGGUCAGGUGCUUGCCGCUACCAUGCGUAAUGAGGCGCAAAUGUUGCAGACUAUAGACCGUUUUCAUCGUGUAGACUCGACCUCGGACUUGCAUCGGGUUUAUAGCGAGGUGUUUAGCCCGCUUCCAACCGCGAGUCCCAUUGGUAACGGAUCCUCAGCGGAACUGCCUGUCGAUGUUGCUGCCAUCUUUCUAGUGUGCGAGUGGGCAGUGACAAACCAGCGGCCAGCUGAGUACAGAUAUUUAUCUGCGCUUGCGCUGAUCGAGAUGCACAGCAAUGCGCUCCUGGAAUACGGCAAAUACAAAGGCUUAUUACCAGACUGCGGGCCGAAGGAUCACCAAGUGGUACUUCAGAGCGCUUUGCAAAACUUCUUGCAACGUUACGAGCCUAAGGUCAUCACAGAGGUUACUCAAGUUAUCGAACUUUUUUGUCUCCUCGUUCGGCGUCGAUUGUUCAGCGUGGCUAGCUUCGUAGAAUUUGCGUCCUGCUGCAACGAAGCAGCGGCUACUAUGAGCAAUAGCCCAUUAUUAACGCUAGCCGCUGGAGCUGGAGGCAGUGUUGGCGUCGCCAAGCGAAAUGAAUCGGCACCAGUGGUUUAUACUGCUUACAAUAUCGAAUGUUCACCAGGACGAGGAUAUAAGUCCAGUGAUAUUCAUUUGCUGUCUUCGAGCGACCGCCUGAAGCUGUAUUUGUGGCAGCUACCACGGAGCCCAUUUCCGUUGCCGACAUGUGUGCCCAUGCUUCCAAACGACAGCUAUGAUGGCGAACUGCACUAUUUGCGCUGGCUUGAAGUCAUGGAGCUUCGCCGAGAACACCUCAAUUACUCAAAAACACUAGAACGGGCUCAAUCGCUUUGUAUCUACGUCUUUCACACCCACGGCCAGUUAUAUGACACGUCGACAGUUGGAACGCCUGGGGCUGCGGAUACUACUGCUGGUAGCGGAGAUAGCACUAGAGUACUGAAAGAAGUGGAGUAUCAGGGCAAAGUGGGCGAGUUGGUUUCAGCUGUGAAAACCAUGUGCGGCCAUGACAAAGGGCGGUUCACGCGCUGGUUUGUGCACAAUGUUUAUGAAGAGGCCACAUUUUUCCGGUUCUCGGAUUAUGGAAGUGUGGAACACGUAAUGCGGCUUGUGUGCCUAGUGCUUGAAAUUGUGGACGUGCUGGCACUUCUUGAAGUGCUUGUACACUUUCUGCGGCGCUCCCCUUGUUUUCUCGUUAAGAACGUAGUGUUGGCAAUGAUUGAACGUCACGAACUCGCCUUCUGUGCCACGGACCAAAUACCGUUCCUGCUGCAGUCUUUUGUGGACCGUUUCCACCGUAUCCCCAAGAACGCCGAUGAUAAGGCUGGCAACGUGGCUCAGUUCUUCUGCAAGAUGUACUAUGCGCACAUUAAGAAGAAAGAGAUCGCCAAGCUGGACUUGCCAUUUGCGCUGCUUAAGCCAAUUGCAGAAACAGCUAGGAAAAACCAAGAUGCUGCUGCUGCUGCUGGAGGUAGUGGAAACGGAACGGGUGCUAAUGCGAAUAGUAACGGGACCAGCGGGUCUCAAAAGUCCAAAGAUAUGGCACUAGAGGUUACGAAUCCAAUCGUACGCAUUCCGCCACCCCGCGAGGUCUUGCCUCCAGAGCUAAAGACUGCACUGGCGCGGUCUUUCAAAGCCUUGCAGGCACGCUCCUUUGAUGGCCCUGGUGCUGAUGGUAAGCAGACACCUGUAACACCUGGCGCUGGAUGUAGCACUCCGCUACAGAGCCCCAAUAGCUUGAGUCAAGAUACUUCAGCAUCCAAUGAGUCUGCAGCAGCCUUUGAACCCAGUUGCACAAGCUUGUCAUGGCAGGAGGUCGUUGGCGAAGCGACCUCUUCCGCAGAAAUUAAAUGCCGUGAUGGCGCUGUCGACUUUGCAGUGGCUGCAAUCAACAUGAGCAUGACGUCAUCGUCUGUGGGGUCUACAAACGCAAACGCAACACGGGAGCGGCGCACGCCUAACUACGUGUUCUUCUUCCGAGCUGUGCUGAGCGAGGUCAUGGACAAAUGGAUGGCGAACAUCUCGGCUCGGGUAAAGUCAAACUGCAAGCGGCCCAUCACAACCCCGCAUUAUGUGCACCGUUGCGUCCGACUUAUUCGGGAGGUCGUGGAACAGCAUCCUGAUAAUGGCGAGGAAUUCAACGAAAAGUUUUCGAACACCCUGGUGGUGUGGUUACAAAAGGAAGUGCUGCCUGGUUUUGCUGGUAGUGAUACGCCAAAGCGUUCGCGCAAUCCAUUUCUGAAUGCUGACAACAGCAAAGAAGCUUUCGCAUUCAACCAAAAAGGCCGUCUGGACCGCCUGCAGUACGGGCUCAAGAGUUUUCUGGUAUCUCUUGUUGUGCAUAGAGUGCUAGAUCUCUCCCAGGUGCUCCGAUUGGUACUCGUUCCGCUCUUCCCACGACUGCGCCGUGCGUCGCGUGACCCACCACCAAACUUGCCGACGCAGCUACUUGCCAUGGCCCUCGUUUUUCAGCUCUUUUCGGAGCCCCCGCAGAAUUUACCCCUUGAUCCACAAAAGAUAGUCAUGUUCGACGAGCCGUUGACAAAAUACCAUCUGCGAUUCCUGCGCACACAGGUGCCAGCGUGCUUGAUGUUCCCGUUAUGCUUUCUGUUGUGCCAGAUCUCAUACCAGAUGGAGGACAACUUUCUGCUUCGCAAACGCGAGGAGCGUGGCAUGUUGGCUAGCGCCACGCUUUUUAAUUUGACAUCAGACGGUAUUGUUCGCGACAUCAUUUUCCAUGAUACAAAAGAAGCCCGAGAAAAGCAUAUUCUUCCCGUUUACCACAAAAAGCAGUGGCAUACAGCUGUCCUGCUGACACACUUUUUCCGGCCACCGUCAUCGCCUGCAGAGGACGGGAACGGGCAGGUGCAAUUGCUCAAGGUGGGGCAAAUCAUUGAUCAGAUGAACGUCUGGACACUUCAUCGUGGCGGCUCAAUUUACCUUGACUUGCAAAUGAGUCGACAGCAGCAGAAGGUAAAGCGUUCUAAGCGACGCACACGACAGCAGCACCAACAAACACCACAGCAUCCAGCAGGGUCCAAUAAACGAAAAGCACCCCAGGGAGACCUCUCUACGCGCUGUAGCAAGCGUGCAGCAGUGGAUAGCGGUGAGGGCGUUCUUGCAGCUGGAGUGAAUGACUUUGCUGACGGCAGAAUGUCUCUCGGUAGUCAAGCAGAUAAGGUGACAUCAUUCGGUGGUAGUCUACUGGGCAGCGACUUCUUCGAUGGAGAAGAAGAGGCAAACGAUGACGACCUUGAGCUCGAGUUGGGAUUUGAUGAAGCAAGUAGCGCUACCGAAAUUUUGUCGAGCCUGAUCGUACUGCGCACCCUCAAGCGCAGCUCGCGACCGACUCCCGGGGUUGGAUCGACUUCGUUGUCUUUAUCCUCUGCGACGUCGUCAUCCGUAUCUGUGGCUCAGACGACGUCAGCAACAAUGACUACCCUUUCGUCAUCGUCACCUCUUGCUACUCCAAAGCUCUACGGUACGCCGCACUACGUUCAUCUUGGAGAAGGAAACGACGGCAAACACCGUGGGGGCACACCAGGUCCGAACGAUGCUUCAAGGAAGUCAAUACCAGCGCUGGCUCUGCCCAUGACUGCUGCAGCAAUGCAGAAUUCCUUGACCCCAUGCGAAGCUCGUAUGCUAGAGGCAGCGCGAGAGGCUCAAGACUCAGCGGUGGCAUCUUUGUAUGCCGCCACAGUUUGCAGCAUCUCGAGGCGUGCUAUGGGAUCAGUGGUUGCCAAGAUACUCCAAAUUCUCGAAGACGAUGUGAAACACUCGCAACCUGACAAGUUUGCUCGACAGUUCAGCACAACGUCGGUUGUGCAUCUUGUUGGUGGCAUUAUCUGUACACCUCCUGGCAAUGCCUUCUUGCCGCGCUACAUGAUGUCACUCGCUACUCAACUUGAAUGGCUGUACGAGGGCUGUACCCUGUAUGACAAGCAGCAACAAUCCGCAUCCCCUGACCAGGUGUUACACAACAACCUUUUCCAACGUCGACUUCGAUGCAAGUUGGCUGUGCGGCUUCAGCUUGUGGGCGUCAUCGGGCCCAGCAAGCAUGCUGUCUUGACCAUUUGCUAUCGCGACCGCAUCGUCAAAACACUAUUUUCUUUGCUUGGCACAUCGGUAGUCUCAUCUGGGCCAGGACUUUCACUGUUUAGCUGGAUUCUAGACCUCAUUCCGAUCGUCAACGCCUCUGUACUCCACGACAGGCAAUUUGAACUCGUGGAAGCGCUACAGCUACCUGAUAACCUCAAGCGGCGUGUUUGGUCUGUGUUACCACGUCCGAUGAACAUGUAUGGAGCUGCAAAUGGGUUUGUCGGUCGCUCUGUGUCGACAUCUGUUCAAGGCGAUGUUACCACUCGAUCCGAGAAACCGGGAUAUGCACCCGUAGACCCAUGGGGCUUGUUAGACCAUGUGCCGCAGCUACCUAGCGAUGGUCUUGUUCCCGAAUUGUCUACCCAGAUUCCAAAGCGACCGCGACGAGUUUUUCGGUGCUUGCUGUUUGUGUCGGUGGCAACCCGUAUGUAA